GUUUCAGACAGAAAAAUGAAAACCUACCCAGCCAUUGGCUUCUUCCUCUUCUUCGUGAUCAGCUAUGGCUCUUCAGAAAACUCCAGUACUCCUCAAGGGUGUGGGCUGGAUCUCCUCCCGCAGUACGUUUACCUGUGUGACCUGGAUGCCAUUUGGGGGAUUGUUUUGGAGGCGGUUGCGGGGGCAGGUGUGCUGACCACGUUACUGCUGAUGCUGAUUUUGCUGGUGAGGCUGCCCUUCAUCAAGGACAAAGAGAAGAAGAGCCCCCUGGGAAUGCACUUCCUCUUUCUCUUUGGGACUCUGGGACUGUUUGGGCUGACGUUUGCUUUCAUCAUCCAAGAAGAUGAAAUGGUGUGCUCCACCCGAAGGUUUCUCUGGGGAGUUAUCUUCGCUUUGUGCUUCUCGUGCUUGCUAGCCCAAGCCUGGAGACUUCACAAACUCGUUCGCCACGGGAAGAGCCCAUCUGGCUGGCACCUGGCUGGGGUGGCCAUCUGCCUGAUGCUGGUGCAGGUCAUCAUCGCGACCGAGUGGCUGAUCCUGACCGUUGUCAGAGAUAACAAGCUGGCCUGCAGCUAUGAGCCCAUGGAUUUUGUGAUGGCUUCCAUCUAUGUUAUGUUCCUGAUGGUGUUUACCAUGGGAUUUUCAUUUUUCACUCUCUGUGGGAAGUUUAAGAAAUGGAAGAAAAAUGGAGUAUGCCUCAUUAUAACCCUUUUCUUUUCCAUUCUGAUUUGGGUAGCCUGGAUGACCAUGUACCUCUUCGGGAAUGCUGAGCUCCAGAGAAGAGACAAAUGGAGUGAUCCCACCCUAGCUAUUGCACUGGUGUCCAGUGGUUGGGUGUUUGUUAUUUUUCAUGCCAUCCCAGAGGUCCACUGUACCAUCCUUCCAUCACAGCAGGAAAACACACCCAAUUAUUUUGAUACUUCACAGCCAAGGAUGCGUGAAACUGCUUUUGAGGAAGAUAUACAGCUUCCUCGGAGCUACAUGGAAAAUAAAGCCUUUUCAAUGGAUGAACAUAAUGCAGCGCUAAGAACGGCGGGAUUUCGAAACGGCAGUUUGGGAAGCCGGCCUAGUGCUCCUUUUAGAAGUAAUGUUUAUCAGCCUACUGAGAUGGCAGUUGUGCUAAAUGGUGGGACUAUACCAACUGCUCCGCCAAGUUACACUGGACGACACCUCUGGUGA